GCGUCGACGAGACUCUCACCCUUGCGUAUACUCGGGAUUCACGACGAUAUUUCUCUCGUCUGAUUCGGACGACGCGACUGAGGUUAUGUCUCGGUGACAUGGACUACAGAGAUUACCUCACCGGCUUUCGUGGAUCUAAUUAGGGCCGCAGCACGAUGCCCGCGGCCCGCCCAAGGGCUUCUUUCGAGCCCAUCCCGCCGGAUUUUGACGUGCGAACGUUCGUCGAAACGGCGGACAAUUUCAAGUAUGCCGAUCGCAUAACGUAUGAGAUGAUCGCCAACAAUGGCAUGGAGCAGUUUGAGAAGUUGGUUCUCUUACACGUCAUAAUAGGUGGGAAACCUUUGGUAAUAGAAGGUUUCGAAGAGGUGUUGGAUCCCUGGACCUUUACACCUUCCUGGCUGCGGGACAAUUGCGGCGACAAAGUGGAAAACGCACGCAACUUGACUACCAAGGAGAAUAUCCCACUCACGAUCAAACACUAUCUCAAACAUAUGGCGAAGCUUACGGAGCAAUUUUUUGAUACACCCGAGCGGUACAGGGACAAAACAAGGCAACGCAUCUAUCUUAAGGACAUCGAUUGUCCCCCAGUAUGGCAGGACAAACUCAAGGAGCUCAUUCCUGCAGGUCUAUACUAUUUGAAUGAUAACACAGGAGAGAUGGGAGGACCUGGCGCACUGGAUGAACCUGGCUUUAGGAAAGGUCGAGGAAUUGCGCGUGCUGGUGACUUAAUGAGCAGUUUGCCACCUGAAAUGCGAGCCGAGAACCUUAUGUGUUAUAUCGGGCAUGAAGGAACCUAUACCCCGUCGCAUCGCGAAAUGUGUGCUUCCCUUGGUCAAAACAUCAUGGUCAACGCAUCCGGCACGAUCAGUGAGGAUGGACAGCCCGAGCGCCCUGGUUCUUCCCUUUGGUUUAUGACAGAAACUAAGGACCGCCAGGUUGUUUCUGAGUAUUGGCUCUCUGUUUUAGGACACGACAUUGAAGUUGAGAAUCAUUUUGCGCAGUUGAUUGCUUGGAAAAAGGCACGAUUUACAACAUACGUUGUCGAGCAGCGACCCGGCGACUUCAUUUUAAUUCCACCAUUGGCGCCGCAUCAAGUAUGGAACCGUGGCACCCGCACCAUGAAAAUCGCUUGGAACAGGACCACGGUGGAGACCCUCGAACAUGCCUUGAACGAAGCUCUACCCAAUUCGCGAAUCGUAUGCCGGGACGAGCAAUAUAAAAAUAAGACGAUUAUCUACUACACCCUUCUAAAAUACGCGAAUCUUUUACGCAUAGCGAGGGCUCAAGUUGAACUUGGUGGUGAGCAAGCUGAGAGUAUCCAAACGUCUGUGAAGGUUCGGCAGGUCCAGCGUGACUUCAAAAAGCUUUUCGAUCUCUACAAGUCUGUCCUCCUUUCAGAGAUGUUCACGCCGGAUUCCCGGGAACAUCCUGAGUUCCUUCCGUACGACAGUAACGUCACCUGCGCUUAUUGCAGAUGCAACAUCUUCAACCGCUUUCUCACCUGCAAAACUUGCAAGAACGCCUUCAGCAAGGAUAUCGAUGAACCUUAUGACGUGUGCAUGGAUUGUUACUGUAUGGGUCGCAGUUGCCAAUGCCAGUCUGGCUAUCAGUGGGUGGAGCAGUGGAAAUGGAAAGAUCUAGUUCGCAAGUACGAGGAGUGGCGCGCCCAAAUAAUCGACAUUGAUGGGCAAAUGACCGAGAGCACACCCCUUCCCUUACAGGAAGAGCGCCGAUAUCUAGGCAAGAAGACGUUAGCACAGGUUUGCCAGGAACAACUAAAACUUCGACCAUUUGUUGAUCCAAACGUCCCCGUACCCGUAGAUGACGGAUCCGAUGGGGAGGAAAUCAUCGUCAAUGAUGAUGGCACGGUCAAGAAGACCGUGAAAAAGAAGUCGAAGCAGUGGCUCAGGAACAAUAAGUCCUGUCAUUGCUGUCUGCAUCGACAUCCAACUUGGAAGAUGGCCUUUUGUUCGAAUUGCGACUUGGGCUACUGCUACGGUACGCUCUUCCGAGCUCAUGACAUGAUGCCCUUGGUGGUCAUGGAGAAUCCCAGCUGGAAGUGCCCCCACUGUAAGAGAACAUGCAAUACAGGGGCCUGCCGCCGGGACCCUCGUCAGCAUCCAUAUGAACCAAAGGGGACCUUACUAGGACAUGAUACGAAAAAGGUUGCAGACCCACGUUCUGUGGAAUGUCUUGUGGAUUUCAGCGUCUCGAAUCUGAACUGGUUGCGGGAGGGCGAGUCUAUUGGGAACAGCACUGGCCCGAUGCAACGACGAGUCGAAGAAGCUGAGCGUGCGAAAAUGGUCGAUCCCGCGCUUGAUGAUCGAUACACGGACGAUGACCACGACCAUUCGUAUAGGAAUGGUAUCGCAUAUUCGCCAGUGGUUGAUGGCACGGCCGAAGUUAAUGGCUUCAUAGACCCAUCAGCUGUGCAGUUCCAGCCAGACAUGGAUUUCCAAGAUGACACUAACCAUUACUACUAUCCAGACCCCUAUAUGAACGGCGAUAUUCCGCGCCUUGGGAAACGAACUCAUGAAUACUCUGACCUUGAGCUUGAGACACCGAAGCGGAAGAAGCCCAAAAAGCAGAAGAAAGAUGAGCCCGUGCAACCACUUCCCCCAAAGAAUGCUUCUGGCAAACAGUACCAGAAAGAGGUUCAGAAGAAGCUUCUCGAGGAAGCCAAAAAAGAUGACCGUUUCAUCAUUGUGUAUGCUCGAAUGAGACAGAAGUCCAAGAUUGUGAAACUAUCUCUCACCACCGGUCUUUUGGAUACAAUAAGGCAACGGUCUACGCUAGUGCAUCGAUCAGAGCCCCGUCUUGACGAACAGCGAGAAGAACAGAACACCAUUGGCUCUAUUCUUGAAUCAGAUGUUCUAAAUCCAAAAGCUGUCUCGCCAACUAACGGAGAAGCCAAGACUCAGAAAUCGUUCCGCAUCAGAGUCGAUGAGGACCAAAGUUAUGGAACGAGGAGGCGAGAUAGAGAGGGUGGUGCUACGGGUAAAUCCAGCCGGCCUCCAGCGCGAUACGAAGAAGUUACCAUUGAUUCCGAAGAGGAUGUGGACGAAGAUGAUUAUGUUGAGUAUACUGGGAAUCGGAAUGGUCGUUCGCAAGGCCGAAGCUCAGCCUGGCUAGCACGGAAAAAUCAGGGAGAGGAGGAUAUGCCGACAGAACUUCCAUCCAACUUCAAGGAUGGUGAUGUAAACCCUCGUCGGGAGAGAGAUCGCGAGCGAGAUCAGGAACGAAGAGAGAGGCGAAAGACUAUGCCGUCAAAUUCUAAAGCAGGCAUUCGCAAACCUGGUCGCCCGUCGCGAAAGAGUACUGGAGACGUGUCGGACCAUGAAGAAGAUGCUCCACAUGUCGAAGACACAGAUGCGUUCUCGCUCGCCCAAACGGCAGCGGCAGCGGCGACCGCCAUUGGCGAUGCUGAUGAAGCACUGGGCCGAGACGAGGAGGCCAAGGCUCGUGAGGAGGCAGCUGCUGUGGAAGCCGAAGCCAACAUGAGGGCCAAAAUGGCUAUUUGGGGAGAUGGUUCAGAGGAUGAGGAAGUGAACAACAUAAUUGAUACCCUAGCCGCAGAAGACGAGCGACUGCACGAAGAAAGAGAUAACCAGGCCACGCCAGAAACCCCUCCUGUCUCUGUCCGCACUGGCCCUCCACAGACUUCCAAUUCAAUUUUCUUACGACCCGGAAUGGCUGGUAAGAAGAUCAAGAUCACAGCCGCUAAGCGAAAUGGUACGACUGCGGGUCCCUCUGCUACAUCGUUGACAUCGCCAAUUUCGACGUCCGAUCCCAAGCCCGUACGUAAGAAGGAUCCCAAGGCUGUCGAUCUGUCGGAAGAGUCAGAAAGCGACAGCGAGGAUGAGAUACCAGCCACAGCGCCCGAACCUAAACGCCCGACCCGGCCAGUUGGUAGGCCUACCAUGAGGCCUACUCGAGGAUCUAGCAUGGCAAAGAGGGGCCGUGGCAGGCCACGCAAGGUCGUAUAGACCACUCAUCGCGUUUCAAUUCAUUAAUGGAUCAGCUACGAUGCUGAGGAACGCCAAGAGAGGAUACGAUCUGCAGCCAAAGCGUAUGAUUACACUAUGGAGAUGAAAUAAUAUCAAUG